UAUUUUGCUAUUUGCAUUCAUUGCAUACCGAGAAGAAAAUCACGAACAGGGUACCCCAUACCUAGCCCUGCAUAUCGAAGUCUGAGAUCAUGCAGCAACGAGCAACACUGGUACGAUAUCUCAAUGUUGCGUUGGUCGUCGUUUCAACGAUAGCAAUGUUCAUGAGGGGCUAUGCAAGACUCUUCAUAGUCAGAAAACCUGGGUUAGAUGACGUAUUUGCUGUUCUUGCAUUUGGUACUUUAGUUAGUCUGUCAGCUUUGGAAAUCAAGUUAACAUACUAUGGAAUCGGCACGAACCAAACUGAAGUGCCACCAGAGCACUUGGCCGUAUUCUUCGGGACACUGCCCACCAUGCAACUAUUAUAUCUUUCGUCUACAGGGCUUGUUAGAAUAUCAAUAGCAUUAUUCAUUCUACGUCUGGGUCGUCAAACUAAUUAUAUGAAGAGCUUCUACGCCCUAAUAGCCUCGAUCGCGGUGGUAACCAUAAUCUCUGUCUGUAUCUUGCUUUUCGAAUGCGUGCCUGUACGAGCCCUAUGGAACCAAAGCCUACCUGGCGCAGUUUGCGUGCCCAAGUCAGAAGAAGCCACUCUCAUGUAUGCGCAUGCGUCAUUAGGAAUCCUAUUCGACUUCAUCCUGUUCCUGACACCAAUAUACAUACUCUCAGGAUCAGUAUUCAAGAGUAUGAGAAUGGUCAGGCUGUCACUCCUGUUCUCCCUAGGCCUUUUCAGUGCCAUCACGGGAAUCGUCCGGCUGUCCCAAAUCGUCAACAUUGACAUGGCACACAACACCACCAUGAACGUCUCUUACGCUUCCGUAUGGACCGAUCUGGAGGGCCACACCGCGCUCUGGAUCGCAUGUCUGCCCGCUACACAGCCAAUAUUUCGAUGGGUCUCUUUUUCGCUAGGCUUUAGAAGCAGGCUCAGGAGUACUGGUCCGACGCCCAAUGGAUACAAUGGCUACCAAAACUCUCGAAACAAGGGUACACCAAAAAUAGGAGGAUUAGCCACCGUCUGGUCAAACAGAUCAAGACGAGCCUCUAGAGGGAUGGAGAUACUCAAUACAAUCGAGAUGGAAGAAAUGGAUGAGAUGGACGAAGAGAGUGCCAGUGCAACAUUACACAACAGCAAGCCUUGCAGCAGAAGGAAUUCCAAUGAUGAUAUCAGUCCAGCGCGAAUGGUUCGGCAUGGCUCAUCGCUGUCUGGAACCCGGAAUGAAAACUCACUAAUUAUCGUCACGACCGAGGUUUGUGUGGCUAGCGAGAAGAUUGAAGGGUUGACACGCCCUGCUCCUGCCUAUAUGUCGGCCAACACCUCGGCUACAGGGGGUGUGCACCACGCGUGAGAGCGGCUUGAACAAUCAAGUAAUGGAGGGCAGGUUAGGUUCUAGCCCCAUCUGAGAGGGAUGAUCAGCUACAAGAACGUCAUCGUAGAAUUGUGGCAACCAUUUUCGACGUUCGAAAGCCUCAAAACCUAUUUCUACUUGCAACACCGCAAUCGGUCAGU